GUGAAGUAAAGCACUAAAGCGUUUUCCAGAGAAAAGGAAGUCAAAAAGAAUCUUUGAGUUAGAGAAGUGGAUGGGGGACACGAAGGUGGAGACAAUCUCGAGGUUAGCUCAAUGGCGGAUUGAAAACUUUGGACCUUGCUCUUUCAAAAAGUCCGAUCCUUUCAAAGUUGGAAUCUGGAAUUGGCAUCUGUCUAUAGAGAGGAAUCGUUACCUAUCCGUUAGGCUCUUCCCAGAACUCUCUCGUGUGUCCAAGGAACAACCUCCUAUUGCUAAAUUUGUUCUUCGUGUCUCCAACGUUGGCCCUAACCGUAGGCUAUACAUCUCUCCUGUCUAUGAGAAGCUGCUGCGUACGACUGAUGAUUGUGUGUGGCAUGUGGACUCAAGCUUCCACGGUCGGUUCACCAUUGAUGUCGAGUUCCUUGAUCUCAAAAUCUGCCCUCUGAAUGGUGGUGAAGCUUCUCCUGUUUGGCCAACGGAUACAACAAUGCAAUCAAUCUCAACUCAAACCACUCUCAAAUGCCUAUCCCGUAUGCUAGAAGAAAACAUCCUCUCCGAUGUAACCAUCCACACAUCCGGCGGGACCCUUUCCGCUCACAAAGCCAUCCUCUCGGCCAGCUCAAACGUCUUCAAAAGCAUGUUCCAUCACGACCUCAAGGAGAAAGAGUCCUCCACCAUCCACAUCGACGACAUGUCUAGAGAGUCUUGCAUGGCGCUCCUCAGCUACCUCUACGGUAACAUAACGCAAGAAGACUUCUGGAAACACAGGCUCGCGCUUCUAGGAGCAGCGAACAAGUACGAUAUCACUGAUCUGAAAGCGGCCUGCGAGGAGAGCCUGAUGGAAGAUAUAAACUCCGGGAAUGUGCUGGAGAGGCUGCAAGAGGCUUGGCUUUAUCAGCUGGAGAAGCUGAAGAAAGGGUGUUUGAUGUAUUUGUUUGAUUUCGGCAAGAUUUAUGAUGUCAGAGAGGAGAUCAGCGGUUUCUUCAGGCAAGCUGAUCGUGAACUGAUGCUGGAGAUGUUCCAGGAGGUGUUGUCGGUUUGGAAACCGGUUUGAGAAAUAACAUUAUACUUUGAAACAUUGGUUUCAAAAUGUUCGAGUUUGAUGAUUGGUGUUUUGUGUCUAUAAAUAUAAUCAUAUGAUAUCUUGUUUUCUUGUGGUGUGUCUGUAACAACUAACAAAAGAACACACUUGAUUUUUUUGUUGUAAUCUUGUAUAGCAUGAGCAGGUUUGCCUCUA